AUGGAAGCUGAGUACAUUGCUGGUGCAACAGGUGUGAGUGAAUGCCUCUGGGUAAAAGAUCUCCUAUCGGAGCUUAAACUCACAACAAACCACGAACCGCUUUCGCUAAUUGUUGACAAUCAAGCUGCAAUUAUGAACAUGGAGAACAGCGUCAGCUCACCUCGCAGCAAACACAACAACAUCCGGUUCCAUUUUGUUCGCGACAAUGUACAAGCCAAGCGUGUCACGGUCCACUACUGCUCAACAUCAGAAAUGCUUGCAGACAUCCUGACCAAACCACUCGGCCGUAUCAAGCAUGACCGCUUCACCAGAGCACUGCACGUCAUGAGUCGAGAUGAGUUCAAGGUCAUCAGCUAA